AUAUUAUAGAAUUAGGACAAUUCUUAUAUGAAAAUUAUAAUAUUUUCCUCAACCUGUUGCACUCAAACAAGUGGCAUUGUAAUGCCGCAGAACUGUACGUAACUCAAUAUUUCGAGGUAAACUUGAACUUGUCACAAUGACUAGUCGUUUGCUUUGGGUAAUAAAACAGUAUCAAAUAGCGUCCACUAGUGAUUAAACCGCUGUGUUGACCACACGUACCAAAUUGUAUCAUCAUGUUUCCUAUAACUGAUCCGGCCGUUAGUUCAUACAUUCUGUAUUCCAGUAUCCUAGCUCUGAAAGUUCUGUUUAUGGCUGUGUUAACGGGACGAGUGCGUUACGGUAAGAAGAUUUUCGCGAACGAGGAAGACGCAAAAUUCGUUAACGGUAAACUGAACUUAAAUGAUCCAGACGUCGAAAGAGUACGAAGAGCACAUUUGAACGACCUAGAAAAUAUACCAGCCUUUUGGAUGCUUGGAGCUUUGUAUCUGACAACAGGUCCUGUAACCAAAUUUGCUUGUACCUUGUUCAGAUGGUAUACAGGGUGCCGCAUUGUUCACACAUUCGUGUACGCAAUAAAACCCAUGCCUCAACCUGUGAGGGGUAUUGUAUAUGGGAUUUCAUAUUUAAUUAAUUGUUAUAUGGCAAUACAAAUUAUAUGGCAUUACAUUGGUGCUCUGUGACAUAGUGUAACUAAAUUACAGGGUAAGAUUUUAUAACAACAAUGUUAUUUGUUUUUUGUUACCAUUUUAAAUGUUUGUGCAAAAUAAAAAAUGGAUAUUGCAUAAAAAUUAUAUAUUCUAUCUAAUAUAAAUGUCAAACUAUGAUUUAUAAAAAAAAGUAAUAAUUUAAGAUGCAAAAAAUAUGAUAAUAUUUAAUGUGCAAUAAAAUUGUUCUAAGUAUAUAUUUGAAUAGCAGAUAAAAAAAUAUAUGAAAUGUAGUAAACGAAGCAAUUUUUUUCUUA